AUGCGCAAGGACCAAAAGACUUCCAAGGAUACAAUGACCAAUAACGACGCAUCAGAAAAGCCGAGGCUCAUCAUAGCAUCAAAUCGCCUGCCACUCUCGAUCACGGAGAACGAUGGCAAGUACCAAGCAACAGCGUCCAGUGGUGGUCUAGUGAGUGCGUUGCGGGGAAUCGGUGCUGCUAGUUACUUGUGGCUAGGAUGGCCCGGCAUGGAAAUCAAGGAAGAGGACAGAGACCCGGUGAACAUUGCUUUGGCAAAAGAAAAUGCUGCAGCGGUAUAUCUUGAUGAUCAGUUGGCACAAAACCACUAUAAUGGAUUUUCCAACGCCAUUCUUUGGCCAAUUCUUCACUACCAAUCUGGUGUCAUUAUGAACCCGAAAGCAUGGGAGGCAUAUCAAAUCGUGAAUGAGAUAUUUGCUGAUAGAAUCAGCGAAGAGGCGACAGAGGGUGAUCUAAUUUGGGUCCAUGAUUAUCAUCUUUUGCUUCUGCCGUCGCUCCUACGAUCUCGCCUUCAGGCCAAGAAAAAGAAGUGUCCGAUAGGUUUCUUCCUUCACACACCCUUUCCGGUAGAUGAUUUCUGGAGAGGUCUUCCUGUUCAAGAAGACUUGCUUCGUGGUAUACUUGGGAGCGAUAUCAUUGGGUUUCACACGGAUGAGUACAUGAAGAAUUUUGAAGGCGCAUGCGAAAUUUUGUUGGGUACUGGUACUGGCGCAGCGGAGCAUCACGUCAGUCACGAAGACCGCACCAUUAAACUCGGCAGAUAUGCUGUGGGGAUUGAUCAUACAAGAUUCACAGAUGCACUUGAUGAUCCAGCCAUCCAGUCAAGAAUACAAGAGCUCGGGGCCUUGUACAAAGGAAAAGCAGUCAUCAUUGGUGUGGAUCGCAUGGACUAUACAAAAGGAUUACCAGAGAAGCUUAGGGGAUUCCAGGCCUUUCUCGACGAACAUUCAGAAUGGAGUGAGAAGGUCGUACUGAUUCAGAUCGCCAUCCCAAGUCGCGAGGAGGUCAAAGAAUACAAGGAGCUGGAGGAAGAGGUCAGCAAGCUUGCAGGCCAGAUUAUUGGAAAGCAUGCCACGCCUCACUCAACGCCUUUGCUCUAUAUUCACCGUUCGGUGUCUUUUGCAGAGCUAGUCGCUCUAUAUUCGAUCUCCGACGCAUGUCUUCUCGCGUCACGUCGAGAUGGUAUGAACCUCGUGGCAUCAGAGUACGCUGCCUGUCAGCAGGAUCGUCAUGGCGUACUGGUGCUCUCUGAAUUCACUGGUGCUGCAAGCUUCCUGAAGCACGGCAGUAUUUUGUUCAACCCGGCCAGUGCGAGUGGAGUCUCCAAUGCGAUUCAUCAAGCCCUCACGAUGGGGAGAGAAGAGAGGAAGGCGAAAUAUGAAGAGCUUCGUGACUUUAUCACAUCCCAUACAAGGUGCGUUUCAUAUUGA